AUGGCUCUCAAAUUCCGGCGCGACGGCGGCGAAGCGGCGGGCCUCCGCCUCCAGCACGUGGAUCCGCUCCAGGAAAGCGCGGAUCGGGACCUUGGGGGCGGUGCUGCCGCGGAAGGCGCGGACGAGGCCGGUCUCAGCGGGUCGGGAGGCGGCGGCGGCGAGAAGCUGGAGAUGCCGAGAUGGGGUGGAGCCCCCACGAUGGCGCGGCCCGCCGGCGACGGCGGAGGAGCGACGUGGUGGAGGAGCGUGGAGAAAGUGCUGCCUCUUAUAAUAUUCAUGUGCAUGAUCUUAGAUGAGCUAAUGAGCAACGAGGAACUGUUUUUUGGCUUGACUCAGGGUCUUCGUAAGUUUCCAAAAGAAUCAGAUAAGGUUUUCUGUCAUUUCUGCUUCAAGCCCAAAAAGGUUAUGGAUGAGGUAUUGAAGCCUCCCAAUGGUCGAAAGAGCCAGAUGCUGAUUUCUGAUAUUAUUAUUCUAAAAACUGCUCUGGACGCCAUACCAUUCUUCUCCAAGGUUUUGAAGGGGGCAAAGAGUUUUCUUCUUCGCAACAUUUAUCAGACUGUAUGUGAGAAUCCUAAAUAUGAAAAAAUGAGAAAGAGAAUUGGAGAUAUCAUUGAUGAGGAUGUGGUUCAUUCAAGGGCUCCAUUUGUAGCCUGCACUCAGCAAUGUUUUGCUAUCAAGGCAGGAAUUGAUGGGCUGCUUGAUGUUGCUCGUCGAUCUUUCUGUGAUACCAGCGAAGCCAUACAUAACCUUGCCAGCAAGUACAGGGAAGAAUAUAAUAUGCCGAAUUUGAAGAUACCCUAUAAUAUUAGGCAAGGAUUUUACUUCAUUAUACCCCAGAAGGACAUUACUGGUAGGCUUCCCAAUAAAUUUAUCCAGGUUGUUAGACAUGGGAAGAAUGUCCACUGCUCAAGCUUGGAGCUUGCUUCACUAAAUGUUAGGAACAAAUCAGCUGCUGCAGAGUGCUUCCGCCGCACCGAACUUUGUUUGGAAGGUCUUAUUGACGAGAUUAGGGAAGACAUUGGUAUCCUUACAUUGCUAGCUGAAGUAUUGUGUCUAUUGGACAUGAUUGUAAAUUCUUUUGCGCAUACAAUAUCUACAAAACCUGUUGAUCGCUACACAAGGCCAGAGUUCACAGAUGAUGGCCCAAUGGCAAUCAAUGCUGGACGACAUCCUAUCCUGGAGACCUUGCAUACCGAUUUUGUUUCUAACGAUAUCUUUCUAUCUGAAGCAUCUAAUAUGGUUCUUGUCAUGGGGCCAAAUAUGAGCGGAAAAAGCACAUAUCUCCAACAAAUAUGCUUAAUUGUUAUUCUUGCCCAAAUUGGCUGUUAUGUCCCAGCUCAGUUUGCAUCAAUAAGAGUGGUUGAUCACAUAUUUACACGGAUUGGUAACGGAGACAAUGUUGAAAACAACUCAAGCACGUUUAUGACAGAAAUGAAAGAAACAGCUUUCAUCAUGCAGAAUGUUUCUUCAAAGAGUUUGAUUGUUGUGGAUGAGCUUGGAAGGGCAACAUCUUCCUCUGAUGGGUUGGCAGUCGCAUGGAGCUGCUGUGAACACCUUCCUUCUGUCAAAGCAUACACUAUUUUUGCCACACACAUGGAGGGCUUGUCAGAACUGGCAACUAUGUAUCCAAAUGUGAAGAUCCUCCAUUUCGAAGUCAACUUGGGAAAUGAUCGCUUGGAUUUCAAGUUCCGCCUGAAGGAUGGCAUCCGACGGGUACCACACUAUGGGCUUCUGCUUGCCAGAGUGGCUGGUCUCCCUGCUUCAGUGAUUGACACAGCGACGAGCAUCACUUCACAGAUCACGCAGCAGGAAAUGACAAGGAUGGAUGCCAACUGCGAGGAGUUCAGGUCUCUUCGGAUGGCAUACCAGGUUGCACAGCGGCUUGUAUGCCUGAAGUACUCCAACCAAGGUGACGACUACAUCCGUGAAGAGCUGCGGAAGCUCAAGGAGGGGCUAUGCUGCAGGCCGGCUAACAUGAGAAACAGGAUGUUCUCUGCAAGAAUUGGGUUGGUGUACGCCACUGGCAGGAUACAUCAGCCAACGCGUAUUUUCUUUUUGUCCACGCCAACUCCUAUUGAGCAAAGGCACACCAUUAUGUUUGUAACCCCACGUAACAAGUAGAGCAUGUGAAUUCCUAGAACAAAUCAAUUGUGUAUGAUCUCAGCCACAGACCGUUUACAUAUGUGAAACACCAAACGAACAAGAUUGUUUCUGUCGAUACAUAUUUGUAGGUUUACGCAAACAAUGUUGGCAUUGUCUUCUGUU